ACGCUUAUGAGAGUCAAAAGUCAAGCCAUGACCUUGAAUGAACGGAGCACCAGCACACUUCCGGUGCACAGAACUUAAAUAUAUAUUCUAGGAUUAUUCAACUGAAAGAGAGAAAGAGCGUUAUAGAAAUUGCCAAGAAAUAUAACCAUUUCAUCACUUAUUUUAUUACCUUCACCAAACUCUUCACCUUCUUCUUUGGAUCCCUUUUCUCUCUUUUUUGCCUUGGAUUUCAUCUUCUCAAGUGGAAAUAUAUCUGCACAACGAAACAAAGUAAAUUUCCUUUCUUUCCCAAUAAAAUCUCUUGCUUUUUUUAUUUUGAUUUUCUUGUUUCUAUGUUUUUACGGGGUUGUAAUUGAUCAAGGGGUCCUCUUAAUUAGUCUUUGAUCAGGCUUUUUAGUUAGUUGUGGGCUGUUGUUUUGUUUGAUCUGGAACAUCAUUGAAUUGAGAGUUGAAUUCUUUCUUUUCUGCUUUCUUAUUGUUGGCACUAGCUGUUGUAUUUUUUUUAACAACGGGCCUACAGUUUGUAGGGUUCUUCUCUUAGGUUUUCUUAGCAGCUUGACUUUGCUUUUUUAUCCAUAUUUAUCUGCGGGGUGUUUAUGUAGUUUGGAAAAAUCUUCAAUAGACAGUGAUUAGAUCAUGGCAAAGGGCAUGAAAGGUUUUAACAGAAAGAAAAUUGAGAUUCUUAUAAAACUUACCCUUUUUAUUCUUUUGAGUUUUAGUAAAUUUAACUGACCUACUCCUGAUUCUGAUCCAUAGUGUAUUGCUGAUUGUCCAGUCUUUAUUUUCAGUGGAUUUUCUCGUAGUUAAGGCUCUGCUUCUGUUGUUUUCUGCAUUUUAAUAUCAUUUAUCACUGAUCAUUCACCCCCUUUGUCCUCUCUAUUAUCUCGCUGGUAUCUUUCAUUGUUCAAACUUUGAGAAAAAUCCUUGCUUCUGCCAAUUGGUUUUCACUGAUAUUUUUUUCAUGAACAAACUUCGAGAAUGAGAGGAGUCUUUUUCUUCUUCAGUUAAUCCCUCCUUUUUAGUUGGAUCACUUCUUCUUUCUUUAGUUUUCGUUUCUGUAUUGUAACUGGAGUUCCAAUGAACCCGACUCAACGAUUUCUCUCCAACAGACCUUUUGUAAUACUGAACAUGGCUCUGGCAUGGACAUGACAUAGGUUUGGAGUUCAUUUCAAGAAAGUUGGGAUUUUGUUUGGGAGGUUAUUCAAGGUGUACAUUUUGUAUUGCUACAAUAAUUUCUUUUUUCAUAUUUCCUUCCGUGGUAAUGCCCGGCUGUCAAUCAAUGACGACGACGACUUAUGAAGGGGAACAACAUAUCAUUGCUGCAGCUCAGCAUAUUUUGAAGUUAUUGGGAGAAAAUAAGAACCUGACUGGUGACUUUAGACGAGCCCUCACAGAACUGGACUCCCAUUUGUCUGCAAUGACUAUAAUUAAUGAAAGCAAGAGAUGGGGAUUUGCUGAGGUUGAGGAGCAGCUGAAAUGUGCUGAGAGAAAGGUCAUGCGUUGGGAGUCUAAUCCAUCUCUGAUAUGGGAUUCUGGACCCGCAGAGGCUUCUGAGUACAUACAAGCCGUUAAUGAAAUUCACACGGUGAUGGAAACUUUAGGUGGCUUGCCCAUGAAUGACCAUGGGAGACCGAAGGAACUUGCUUUCCGAGCUCAGUGUGUUCAGCAGAUAGCAAUGUCAAGGCUUGAGGAAGAGCUCUACCACAUUCUUGUUCAACAUAAGCAAUCCUUUGAGUCAAAGAACAUUUAUUUUCCCCCAAGUGUUGAUUUUUUCUAUGAUGAGUCGUUUGUUUCGGUAGAGGAUGAAAUAGUCGAGGAUACAUCACAGAGAGACAACAGUGGAAGAGAAUCUACUGAAUAUACAGUAGAUUUGAUUGAUCCACUUGUGAUUCCUGACAUCAAGUCCAUUGCUAGUGUUAUGUUUGCUUCCGGUUAUGAUAGGGAAUUCUGUGAGGCUUUCAUUGGCAACCGUAAAGAAGCAUUGGAUGAGCAUUUGUCCAACCUUGAAAUUCAGAAACUCAGCAUCGAUGGUGUAUUAAAACUAGAAUGGGAUACCUUGAGUUGUGAAAUUAAGAAAUGGGUGAGGGCUGUGAAAAUCAUCAUUCGGGUCUAUCUUGCUAGUGAGAAACGGUUUUGCAACCAGAUAUUAGGGGAUUUUGGUUCCCUCGAUUCAUAUUGCUUUGUUGAGAUCUCAAGGGCUUCAGUUUUGUACCUAUUGAGUUUUGGUGAAGCCAUAGCAAUGGGACCCUAUAAUCCUGAAAAGUUGUUUCGCUUUCUUGACAUGUACGAGGUUCUGGCAGAUCUCCACCUUGAUAUGGAAGCUUUAUUCUCUCAAGUGGCCAAUUCUUAUGUUACGAGCGAGUUCCAUGACCUUCUUAGGAGAUUGGGUGAAUCUGCAAGUACCACUUUUUUUAAAUUUGGGAAUGCCAUUGCAUUGGAUGCCUCCAUACACCCUUUCCGCAGAGGUGAAAUUCAUCCCCUCACUAGGUAUGUGAUGAAUUACAUCAAGACCCUUACUGCAUACUGUGAUACUCUCAAUUUGCUUCUCAAUGACCAAGAUGUAGAUGAUCCAAAUCCUGUUCUUGAGACGGAUAAUGGGCAGGACAUUUGUACUUCUACUUUUAGUCCCAUGGGUUGCCACCUUAGGUCAAUUACAUCUACUCUAGAAUCGAAUCUUACUUGCAAAUCCAAAUUAUACAAGGAUGGUUCUUUAGGGCAUAUUUUCUUAAUGAACAACAUCCAUUACAUGGUCCAGAAGGUCAAGGGCUCUGAACUCAGGCUUUUCUUUGGAGAUGAAUGGAUCAGAAAGCAUAAUGGGAAGUUUCAGCAGCAUGCAACAAGCUAUGAGAGAGCCACAUGGAGUGUUGUUGUUUCUUUGCUUAGAGAUGAUGGAAGGACUUCUCUGAAAGAAAGGUGCAGGAGAUUCAGUAAUGCUUUCGACGAUGUGUACAAAAUUCAGACACAGUGGCAUGUUCCAGAUCUUCAUCUUCGGGAAGAUUUGCAAAUUUCUACUUCACAGAAAGUAAUCCCAGCUUAUCGAGCUUUCCUUGGAAUGAACGACAAAAAUGGUAGCGACAAGUACAUCAAGUACACUUCUGAUGAUAUGGAGAAAAUGCUUUUGGAUCUUUUCGUAGGAUCACCAAGGUCAUUGCGCAAUUCACACAAGUGGUGAAGCCUCAAUGAUUUGAGUUUCGGUUUUUCUUUUCUUUUUGUAACUUUCGUCCCGUGAUUAUACAUACCAUGAUUGUCUUAGAUGCAUAUGUAAAUUAUCACCUGCCCUGUCAAUGGUUCUCGAUCAAAUCUUGGUCGAGUUUUGUAUGCAACUUUCUUCAAAAUCAGGGGUCAUUCGUCA